UCGGUUCAGAAAGCCCUUUUCAAUUGUUUUUCCUCCGGUUUUAAAUUAUUUAAGUUACAGUCUCCCUUUAUUUCCUUGUUAAUGUUAAUUGAAUUGUCAAUAACAAUAAGACAGCUGUGUUAUAAGGAGACGAGCUUCGAGACAGAAGCGUGAAUUUUAAUUUCAAUGAAGCGCGCGCUUGUUGUUCGUUAACGGUACAUUAACAAUAAGCGCCAAUUCAAAUAUAAGCGAACCGGGUGGAAGACGGAGGAGUAUGAUAUGUGAAUGUUUGUCGCAGUUUCACACAUACUUAGGCCUGUGUUAACAGGUGUUAUUAAUUCUUCUAUAGAAUAUGAAAUAUUUGGUUGGUUUUUUUUACAGAGCAGCAAAUUGAUGGGGAGACUCUGCUGGGUCUCACAGAAAGGAUGGUGGAAAGACUUUUUCCUGUAAUGAAACAUCAGGUGACAUUUAUGAAGGAGCUUAAUAAGUUAAAAAACCUGGAAACUGAAGUGCCUCAAAUAUCGUGUACUCCACAAGAACCCUGUGAGAAUGAGGGCUCAUUUGUUGCCCAACCUUGGCCAGCAGUAUACAACCUGCCUGUCUUUCCCCUGAAUUGCAAGCAGCUUUGCAGAGGAAGGAUCCCGGCUUUAAGAAGAAGGACAAGUCUCACAUCCGUGCAUUACUGAUUCAAGUGUUGUUUGACAGCAUCACCUAGCACACCUGGUACCCAAAUCAUAAAAUAUAUGGAGAUGUUCUGGGGAGUUUGAUCACCCGCUUUCCAUUUUUGAAGGAUGGCAGCUCCUCUGGUUAUGAUACCUUGUUGGAAUGCCUUAGAAACAAAUUUAAAAAGAAAGGAUUCCCUUGGUUAGCUCAUCAAUCGUCCUGCAAAUGAAGAAGAAGUAUGGGAUCAAAAGGAAGUGUGCUGGACAAACAUAUUCUGAGGGACUUAGUCAACAACAAGAGAUUGUGUUGGACCUGGAAGUAAUGGGUGAGGAUGAGACAAGUUUCCAGGAACACAUUAAUGCCAUCACCCUGGAGUUGCGUAAAAGCAACCCCAGUUACUCUGAGGUCAAGAACCGGAUGAAGCGCACUCUUUUCAAAAGAGUACAGAUUAUGGACAGGCCUGCAGCUGAAGUAAUGGAGCAGUUUCCUUUUCUUGGGGUGCCACAGCUUAUGCUGCAUGAAAUGACAAUGAGGUUUGGAACAGACUUGGCGAAGAACAUGGAAACAUCUCUAAAUGAAAUGGCCCCAAACAUCAUCAGGAGUGCAAAGAAGGAAGUCAAAAAAACCUCUACGCAAAUCUCUUUGGACCAGCAGAGGAAACCACAGAGGGUCUCUUUAGGAAUGCUGCACUCAUUUUAUUGCCAGCACUAUUCAAAGAAAAUGCCACUUUCCUCCUCUGUGUGGAUAGUGAACCCAAAGGUCCUACACCCACCAUUGUGUUUAAUGGCUCUCCUGAUCCCCUCAAUGCUGAAAGUGUCAGCAUUAUAAUGGACAACGUGACCAUUAUAAGAGAGGCAGACAUCGACAUGACACAGGCUGUGGAAUGCCUUUUGCUGUCUAUUUUCUUUUCAAUGUGCAAUACCCGGUUCACAUUAAGCACACAAUGAAUUUUAUUCAAAAAUACAUGCUUAAACUUAGGCAAGAGCAUGUCAAAAGAACACCAAUACCUGUACUAAAAAUGUACAGUCAACUUCUGUAAAUUGUAGUGAUAUUUAAUAUGUUUUAAUUGUUCAUGUAUUGUUUUUUAUC